CCCUGGAGCACAAGCCAUGCUUUAUCUUGUGACCCGCUCAUUUCAGUCUCAGGCACAGGAAACCCCUAAACUCUUUCAGCCCUGCCCCAGCGCCUGCAUACACACACUCUCACACCUCGGCGUGCUCAGAGUUCAGAAUGGCUGUACGAAGAAUGAAUGAACUCUGGAAAACCAUGGCACUGGCUUUAAUGUUCGGCUUUCUUUUUCUUCACACCGGAAAAAAAGACAGAAGAAGACACGGCCUCUGGGUCUUCUCCUGCAGUUUUCGUGUCUGUGCUGGUGACCGGCUUACUGCUUGCUGCCCUAAUAGUUGGCAUAUACUACUUCAAGUCCCAUCGCCGAUCCAACGGCAAAGGCAUGAAACUGGCUGAGGAGUCUUACAUGGCUGACGAGGAAAACCAGGGCAACACUCUGGUGUCUGUGGCCCCUCUGAACCAACCCGAGCCCCAGGAGAAGCCAAGUCUUAAUGGAGAGUCACAAGAAGCAGUGAAGCCCCAAACUCCCCCUGCUGCCACCAAUGGCCACUCGACCACCAAAACUGCAGACACGGAGCUGUGAAUGAGCCGUUCUGCCAACGAAGGUCUGGGGGAAACGCUCAGUUCCUGCUUCUUAAACCCAACUCAAUCUACUGCAUAUUGACCUUGGCCGUCAGAAGGCACGAGGGAAACAAAGACUCAAAUUCCCACAUUUACAUGUAAAUAUGAUGCAGAAUGUUUCAUUUAAAGUCAUACAGAAUAAGUAAACACGUUUGAAUCAAAGUAUGGCAUACAAUUAUAUAAGAUAAAAACAACUGGUCAAGUAAUCCUCCUUAUCUAGCAAAAUAAAAGGCAAUGCUUGAAUGCUAUAUAUGAAAGAUUGUUGUGAUGUUAUGAAAGUUGUAAAAUGCCAGUUAUGACAGUGAUGAUUUAUAACAAGACCAUCAAAAUAUGAUGAAACAAAAAUCGUUUUAGUCCAAGAAGCGCAACUCUUGAGUACUUUAUAACACUACUGUGGGGUGGGGACCCUUUCCCAUGAGUCAUUGUUGGCUUCCAUAAGAGUAGCCAUGGCUGGAAGUGGAACAUUACACCGGGAGGAUCCGUGCUCCUGUCCCAGCGCUCUAAAGCUUCCAGCUGAGUGUGUCACACCAUAAAGAAACUCUCUGAAUCUAAUGGGCACGAGUUGUGUUUUUGUUUGCUUUGGGUUGUUUGUGUGUUUCUAGACUUAUGAAAUGUGCUAUAUGUUCUUCUUUGUGUACAGUAUGAUCUGACUAGUUAAUAGUCUUGUAUAAUUUUGUUAAUAUCAUUGCAUGACAAAGUAAUGAUUUGUGGAGUUGGUGAGCAUGAAAAAAAUCAGUGUGCACGUGAACUCUAUUUCAUUGCUGCGAACAACCCUUAAUGUAAAAUCCAACAAACUAGGUAUGCUGAAAAGCCCGUUAGCACUCAGGGUGACAGCUAAAUAUUAUCUUACAUUUCUGGAUUGAGUUACACCGUACUUUGUAAACCAGUAUUAUGCCCUUUUUGUAAUAUUUUUUUUUUAUUAUUCUAGACAUUUAGAUGUAUUCUUUAUGGACUGAAUGACUGACUUAAUCGUUUGGAUGACCUGCCCUAAUUUUUUUAACUUUCUUGGGUGUGUUUGUUUUACUCUGCAUACUACACUGUACAUAAAUCAUUAGGCAUAAAUAAAUGUACGUAAUUAGUUGCAGCCAUUAAACCCUGGAGUUUACCCAUCGCCUUUAGUUUUAGUAGAUUCACUCCAAUACAAUGUGUACUAUACAAUAUGUGUAGACAAAAAUAACAUGUCUACACUAUUUUUCAACCCAUAUCUUGUUCACACUUCUUCCCAAGAUUUCUGACACAAGACUUGACUAAACCGUUGUGUCAAAAUUGAAUGCUAGUGUGACAGUAGUAUCUCUUGAAAUAAACUGACAAGAAAAUGAAAUUAUACGAAUAUAGGAAAGUAUAUACAUAUGAAUAUCAUGUCCUUUAUUUCAACUAUGAUAUUUUGUUUUAACAUUCCGGUGUCUUGUUUUGGAUCGGUGUACUAGCAUUGUGUUAAACUGAUGUAUGUUUGUGAUAGGAAUAAAGUUUUGGAAAAUGUA